AUGAAGUGCCACUACGAAAUUCUAAGCAUUUCGCGCGAUGCGAGUGCGUCUGAAAUAAAAAAAGCUUACCGCAAACUUGCACUGCAAUGGCAUCCCGAUAAAAACCUAGAAAACUUGCAGGAGGCUAAGGAUCAGUUUCAACUCAUACAGAAUGCGUACGAAGUGCUGUCUGAUCCUCAGGAACGUGCCUGGUAUGAUAAUCACAGAGAGCAGCUUUUAAAAGGUGCAGGAAGCUCAUACAAUGAUGAUAGUCUUGAUGUAUACCCCUACUUUAGUCCAAGUUGUUAUAAAGGCUUUGGAGAUGAUCCGCAGGGAUUCUAUACAAUUUAUUCUGAGGUAUUUUCAAAGCUUGCAUCUGAAGAAAUAGAUUUUCUUGAUGAUCCUGAAGAUAUUUCUAAAAUACCUAAAUUUGGAAAUUCAAUGACUUCUUAUGAAGAAGUCCAUGAGUUUUAUGCAUAUUGGAUGGCUUACUCGACUAACAAAAGCUAUGUGUGGCUUGAUCAGUAUGAAAUAUCACAAGGUGAUAAUCGUCGAGUUAUAAAAUUAAUGGAAAAGGAAAACAAUAAAAUUAGGCAAAAAGCUCGCAAAGAACGAAAUGAAGAAAUCCGUAGACUUGUCAGUUAUGUACGAAGACGAGAUAAGAGAGUGAUUAAACAUACAAAGCUGCUGCAAGAAAAAGCUGAAGAAAAUAAACGGAAGGCUGAGCAAAUCAGAAGAGACAGAAUUAUACAACGACAAAAGGAAAUUGAGGAAGCAAAACAGAAGGAAGGUGAAUCAUCAUUUUUGCAAAGUGAGGAUUACCAAAAAAAAUUAAGUGAAAUUGAGUCAUUAUUAGCUGAGGAGUUUGGUUUGUCAUCUGAAGAUGAUACUAUAUCAGAAGGUGGAAUGGAAAGUAGUAAUGAGGAUAGUUCUAAGACAGAAGAGCCAAGUGAUGUCUCAAAAACUAAAUUCUCACCAAAAAGCAAAACAGUUUUAAAAAACUUAUAUUGUUCAGCUUGUAACAAACUAUUUAAAAAUAUAAAAUCCUUUGAAAAUCACGAAAAUAGUAAAAAACACAAGGAAAAUGUCUCAAAUAUGAUACUAGACGAAGAAGUUGAAAUCUCAGAGCAAGAGGAAGAAGGGAGUGAUAAAAAUGAGGAAAUUAUUGAUAAAGAUUGUAACACUGCAAAUAUAAAUGGUGAAGCGCAAGUUGAAGUUGACCACAUUGGAAAUUCUACAACAGAUAUUGAACUGAGAGAGUCAUUGAGUGAUGACUCUGAUAAAGUACAGGCUUUACCAAAAAGCCACAAAAAAAAGAAAAACAAAAAGAAGUCCUUUAUUCCUAUGCCUGAAAGUGAAGGUAAUGAUAGUCAUGAUGAAAUGAGUUUUAAUGAAAUAGAAGGGCCUGCUCGCAGCAGAAAAGCAAAGAAGUUUAAUAUGCUGAAAAGUCAAAUACAGGCUAAAAAAGAAGCAAACCUUAAAAAAGGUUCUCAAUCACAAACCUCUACUGAAAAUCUGUAUGAAGUAUCAAGCACCACACCAACUGAUGAUGCCCUUGGAGAAGCAGCCUUACCUAGAGAUAGACCUGUUUUACCUAAAGUUCAAAGAAAUAUUAAGCCCAAAAAGGUAGUUGAACGAAAAACAAUGAGGCCCAAAGCAAGUGAGACAGAGGACUCUAGUAGUGCUGUAAAUCUUAGAUGCGUUGUCUGUCAAACAGACUUUCCCUCUAAAAAUAAGCUAUUUGAGCAUUUAAAAAAAACAGGCCACUCUGUCCCACUUCAACAGGCUAACCUUAAUCAAAAGAAAGGGAAAAAGGCAAAUAGGUAA